AUUCGCGCCUCCCCCGAGCCCUUGGCGGAGCAGCGGCGGGGGAGCCCCGGCCGGGGCCAUGUCCAACCCGGGGGCCCGGCGGAACGGGCCCGUCAAGCUACGGCUGACAGUACUGUGUGCAAAAAACUUGGUGAAAAAGGACUUUUUCCGACUUCCUGAUCCCUUUGCUAAGGUUGUGGUGGAUGGAUCUGGCCAAUGCCAUUCUACAGAUACUGUGAAGAAUACACUUGAUCCCAAAUGGAAUCAGCAUUAUGACCUAUACAUUGGGAAGUCGGAUUCAAUAACGAUCAGUGUGUGGAACCACAAGAAAAUUCACAAAAAGCAGGGAGCUGGUUUUCUGGGCUGUGUCAGGCUUCUCUCAAACGCCAUCAACCGCCUUAAAGACACUGGUUAUCAGAGGUUGGAUCUCUGCAAGCUUGGGCCAAAUGACAACGAUACUGUUAGAGGACAGAUAGUAGUCAGUCUUCAGUCCAGAGACCGAAUAGGCACAGGAGGACAAGUUGUGGACUGCAGUCGCUUGUUCGAUAACGAUUUACCUGAUGGGUGGGAGGAGCGCAGGACUGCUUCUGGAAGGAUCCAGUAUCUAAACCACAUCACAAGGACAACGCAGUGGGAGCGACCCACACGGCCAGCAUCGGAGUACUCGAGCCCGGGCAGGCCCCUGAGCUGCCUGGUGGAUGAGAACACUCCCAUCGGCGGCACCAACGGCGCGUCCUGCGGGCAGGCGGCGGAUCCGCGGCUGGCCGAGAGGAGGGUGCGCUCGCAGAGGCACAGGAACUACAUGAGCAGGACACACCUGCACACCCCUCCCGACCUGCCUGAGGGAUACGAGCAAAGGACAACUCAGCAAGGUCAGGUCUAUUUUCUGCAUACUCAAACUGGUGUCAGCACGUGGCACGAUCCAAGAGUACCUAGGGAUCUUAGCAACAUCAAUUGUGAAGAGCUUGGUCCACUGCCUCCUGGAUGGGAGAUCCGAAAUACAGCGACGGGCAGGGUUUAUUUUGUUGACCAUAACAACAGAACGACGCAGUUCACGGACCCGCGGCUCUCUGCAAACCUGCACUUGGUCCUGAACCGGCAGAACCAGCUGAAGGACCAGCAGCAGCAGCAGCAGCAGCAGGUGGUGUCCCUGUGCCAGCUGCCGGACGAGGCCGAGUGCCUGACGGUGCCGCGCUACAAGCGGGACCUGGUGCAGAAGCUGAAGAUCCUGAGGCAGGAGCUGUCCCAGCAGCAGCCCCAGGCUGGCCACUGUCGGAUCGAGGUCUCCAGGGAGGAGAUUUUUGAGGAAUCCUACAGGCAAGUCAUGAAGAUGAGGCCAAAAGACCUGUGGAAACGAUUGAUGAUAAAAUUCCGUGGGGAGGAGGGCCUUGAUUAUGGAGGUGUGGCCAGGGAGUGGCUGUACCUGCUGUCCCAUGAGAUGCUGAAUCCAUACUAUGGGCUCUUCCAGUACUCCCGGGAUGACAUUUACACGCUGCAGAUCAACCCCGACUCCGCCGUCAACCCGGAACACUUGUCCUAUUUCCACUUUGUGGGCAGGAUCAUGGGGAUGGCUGUGUUCCACGGGCACUACAUUGACGGCGGCUUCACGUUGCCUUUCUACAAGCAGCUGCUUGGGAAGCCAAUUACUUUGGAUGACAUGGAACUGGUGGACCCUGAUCUCCAUAACAGCUUAGUCUGGAUACUUGAGAACGACAUCACCGGGGUCCUGGACCACACGUUCUGUGUGGAGCACAACGCCUACGGGGAAAUCAUCCAGCACGAGCUGAAACCCAACGGCAAAAGCAUCCCUGUGACUGAGGAGAACAAAAAGGAAUAUGUCAGGCUUUAUGUGAACUGGCGGUUUUUGCGAGGAAUUGAAGCUCAGUUUCUGGCACUCCAGAAGGGAUUUAAUGAAGUAAUCCCGCAACAUCUGCUGAAGACAUUUGAUGAGAAGGAGCUGGAGCUCAUCAUUUGCGGACUGGGAAAAAUCGAUGUGAACGACUGGAAGGCAAACACGAGGUUAAAACACUGCACCCCCGACAGCAACAUCGUCAAGUGGUUCUGGAAGGCUGUGGAGCUCUUCGACGAGGAGAGGAGGGCGCGGCUGCUGCAGUUCGUGACCGGCUCCUCGCGGGUGCCUCUGCAGGGCUUCAAGGCACUGCAAGGUGCUGCAGGCCCACGACUCUUCACAAUACACCAGAUCGAUGCCAGCACUAAUAAUUUGCCUAAAGCUCAUACCUGCUUCAACAGGAUCGACAUUCCUGCCUACGAGAGCUACGAGAAGCUCUACGAGAAGCUGCUCACGGCCAUCGAGGAGACCUGUGGCUUUGCUGUGGAAUGACCCUGCCAGCCUCUCCCAGACUCUAUUUAUACUCCUGUCUGCCAGAAAGCCCUUCCUUCCCUCAGCCAAGACUCAAGAAAUGCUUGAAAUACAGGAAACUUUCCCUUUUCUACACUAGGACAUUGGGAGGGAAAGGACAACUUUUGGAUUUUUUUUUUUUAAUUUUUAAAUUUUUUUAUUUCAAGAAAAUAGGUUCUGUGGUUCCUGCCAUAGGAUCAUUCAGCUGCUAUUAAAAACUAAUAUCUUGAACAUACAGAAUGCUGACUUUUCCUACAUUUCAACAGUUAAGCAGUAUUCUAUACUUAAAGACUACUACUAUUUUUGUAAGAGGUAAUCUAUUAUAUUUGCCUACCUGAUUUCUAUUCUCAGAUACCAAGACACAACUUCAGCAGUCGGUACAAGUCACGUUUCAGCCUGUUUUAAAUGUAUGAUACUGAACAGCAUCUAUACCUGCUAUUUUUGGAAAAAAAAAUAUUUUGGAUUAUUCUAACUUUGCAUAAAAUUGGCUGAAAGAAUCAUUAAUCUUUUUAAUGAAAGCCACUUACAUGUUAACUGCAUUUUCUUAUAGUAAACUAUGAUAUUCUGCAAUGUAAAUUCCAGGUAAAUGUUGCCACAGGGGCUUUUUUUAUAUUUUUCAAGCAGGAAUUCCGGAUAUGAUGUUUUGGGGUCCUAUUUAUAUCACUUGUCAGAUUCCUCCAGCAGAAUUUCUAGUGAGUGACACAGACUAUUUGGUACAGUCCUUGUGUUUACACAUGGAAUAACCUUUUCUUAAUGAACAGUAGAUGUUUUGAUUUUUUUUUAAACAGCAUUUUUCUAACAAGUCUGUCAAGAGUACUUUUUGUUGCUUUUGACCUUAAAUUGAAACACUGCAUUUUUCAGCUGUUGAAGCACUGAUGGGCUUUGCCAGCAGAAGCCUGUCAGCAGUUUGUUCCAGAAUCCAUCCUGUCCAGUCAACCAAAGUUUGUUUGAAUGCAGCCAAAUCAUAUUCUGUAUUUGUUGAUGCUAAAGAUUUAUCAGGUAAAACAUGUUGUAAUCUCUGUCCAGCUGCUCAUGACACUUGGGUUUAAGUUACAGCUAAGGAAAAAUGGUGUAUUGACUGAAAUAUGUGUAAUGUGCUUUGGAAAUGAGGUUGUAAGAGCACAUAAUUUAUUGAUUGUAGGGAUGGAAGUAAGUAUAUAUAUGAUUUAUAGCAUGGGUUGAUCUCUUCAAAGGGGAAUAAAAUGCACUACCAGUAGAGGGAACUGAACUUUGAUGUUAGUUUGGAAAUUCUCAGUUGAGAUCUGUCUGAUCUGCUCUUGGUGUGUGGAUAAAUCAGGCUGCUUCAGAGACAGUGCCCUUCUCCUCUCAGCCACGAGAAUAUUUGGAAGAAGUAGCAGUUUUUUCCCAAUCAGUGUUGUGUUUUUGUAACUUAGGUUACAAUUAAUCAUCAAAUCUGCACUAUUUUUUCACUGCCAAUGAGAAGAAAGUCAAAGGUAUUGAAAAUGCUAAAGGGAUGGGAUGUAAGCAGCUGUUCCAUGUUUGCAGUGGCAGUCACAGUGAACCAGCUAUUUACUGUCUGUUCUGUGCAGCUUAAACUAAAUCUUGUUCUGCCAAGUCUGACUGCCACAGUGAGUAAACUACUACUGGAUGUUGUGUGUUAGAGUAGUGGGCAAGGCACUACUUUUAUAGAAUUGUGGUGAGAAUCUGGUGAGCCAAAGCCACAUGUUGGUUUGAUUAUUUCUGUUGUACAGCUGUUGCUGGCAACUUUGUUCCAAGGACUUUGCUUCCCUUUCUGGGCUGGCUGCAGGAUGAGGCUACUGAGGGAUGGAAACAGAAAGCCAAGAGACUUGCUGGGACAGCCAGGCUGGAAACACAGCAGAGCCUUUUCUUUUCCUUUUUCCUUUUUCCUUUUUCCUUUUUCCUUUUUCCUUUUUCCUUUUUCCUUUUUCCUUUUUCCUUUUUCCUUUUUCCUUUUUCCUUUUUCCUUUUUCCUUUUUCCUUUUUCCUUUCCUCUCCUUUCUCCUUUUCCCCUUCUGCUUUCCUUCUUUUCCCUUUCUUUUCAGUGGACUCCUGCACUCCUGUUGAGGGGCUGCUGUUUGUGCAUCCCUGCAGGGCUGCCCAGGUCCCUCUGGCAGCAGUAGCUCAGCCCCUGUGCAGGUUCCUGCCCUGACUUUGUCACCCCAGCCCUGCCCAAGCUCUGCUCAGCCCCUGCCAGCUCUUGAGGGUCAGUGGCUGCUGCAGGGUUUUUACAGACAGGUCCUUGUGUCAUGGAACUGACAGAAGUGAUUUUUUAAGGGUUUGGGUUUUUGUUUUAUCCCCUGUGUUUGCCCAGCCUGUGGCCACAGCCUCCCUGGGCAUGGAACAUGGCAAAUAGGAAAUUUGGUGGGUUUAUUGAAUGCAUGGUUAUGGUCACCUUGCUGUCACAAAAGCACCUUUGGGGAGGGAGGAGAUGAGCUCUGCAGAACAGAGAGCUGAGAUCAGCUGAUAAUUACAUUCAUUUUCACAGCAGCCUUAGCAGUACAUCUGUUUUUCUACUAAACAUUUUGGUAUGGCAUUGAGAAUUUUUUUAACUGCUACAGAUAUUGUAAAUUUAAUAUAUUAUAGGCAAAACUAGACAAAUCUGCAUUGAACUUUCCAUAGCUGACAGAUGAGGAUGAGUAUACCAAGUAUUUUGAGUGCCUUUCUACCUUCAUAAAGACUGAGAGCUUUAACUAAAGCACCUCAUCACCCACUCAGAUGUUUAUCUGAAAGUGGUAAAGGGUUGAUUCCUUUCCAAAAUUUUGUUUCAAGAACACGUCAGCUACUUUCCCCUCAAAAAGGUGCUAAGCCUAAUAUUGCAUUUUAACCUUGGACUUUCACCCCAUGAUUAAUGUGAAUAUUUAUUUCAAUGUGUCCCUCUUACUGGGUUUUACUUUAUCCAGUCUUUGGUUGUUUUAGAGAGAUGUCACAUCAUGGUUUUAUGCUGUUGCUUUUCAUUAUGAAUGUUUAAUUAUGAACAGUGACUUUUGUAGAUUUCAAAUAUACAGUUCACAGUUGAGUUUCAGAGGAUUUAAUUUCUCGGUGUAAAGAGUUUUGUAAUGGUGCUUUGUACAGUAUGUAUUCUAAUUUUUUUUUUUUUGCACAUAGGUUCAGUUUCCCUAAACUGAUUUAUUUGUACCAAAUUUUUGUGUUGUACUAAAGUCCAGAGCACACAAGCUGUUUUGAAAUUCCUGUUCCACAACACUACAUGUGUACUGAACUCCUGGUGUGUUUAAAAGGCUGCAUUGAUGGAAGUUCAAGCUCUGCUCCUGUCACAGCACCAUCCUCCAGCUCGAUGUAGCAUCUUUUUAAACAGCACCACACACUUAACAGGUGCCAUUUGUUGUACUUUACACUAUGUAGUAGGUUCCUGGCUCUGCACAUCCUCAGUUCUUUGUCUGUAGUUGUAAUUAGUUUAUACAAGUGUAAUUACUCCUCCACAAACUGACAGUUCUUAGUUUAUCAUUUCCAUUGUAUUUAUUACAGAGUGUUUUAGCAUUGGUAUCAUUGUAUUUUCACCCAGCUGUUACAUGAGCUUUAACAAAAAAAAAAAUCUGUAUAAAAUGGUUUUUAAGUACUUAAUGUAUGUACCCAUGCAGAAGUUGAGCAAUAAAUUGUAUGCUGUUUGCACUGUCACAGCAUCAAUGGUUUUAAAA